AAGGCUACUUUGCAAAAUCUCUGAUUUGUAUUAAUUAAGGGGUGCGGUAUUAUCUCGAGAAGGUCCAUCGCUUCCGAAGACACGGUUUUGCAUUUUGAAAAGUGUUGUGAACUUGGUGUGAAAUUUAUUUUCGAUGUUCAACACUCGACGAUACAAGGACAAUAGCGAGGUUUGGAGAUAACGAUUGGCCCGAGGAGGGGCUGGCUGCGAUUCACAAUCUUUAUCGGGGUUUGAAUAAGUGCGCCGUCUUGGCGAGAUUCGAAGGAGCUGUGAACAUUUCCCUUCUUCCAGGAAUCGCUCAGGUUGUGGGCUGUUGUCGAAGAAGAUGGAGAAUGGUUUAACUCUGACAUCCCAUCCAUUCCACAUGAUGGUUGGUGAAUUUAUUGAACGCCCUAAUAACUCGCCAGUGAAUGGUGAAACCCUUCAUCAGCCUGCUGCCCCGAUUAACAAUAACAAUUCUACCAAUGGUAACAACAACAUUCCGACAAAUGGCAAUAUGACUGGAGGGUCCACUUAUUGCUUUAUUGAGCCAAACGUAGACUUGAAUUUGAUGGGCAGAGAGGGUGAUACCAAUUCCAGUCCAGAGGCUAGUAAUACUCUUCCUGAUAAUUAUACUUCCACUUUUGAAUUGAACAACCAUCUUCAACGUAAAGACUUGUUUUCACAGAGGAAGCAGAGAGAAUUUAUCCCAGACAACAAAAAAGAUGAAAGCUACUGGGAUAGAAGGCGAAGGAAUAAUGAAGCUGCUAAAAGAUCGAGAGAGAAGAGAAGAUACAACGAUAUGAUACUCGAACAAAGAGUUGUAGAGUUGAGUAAAGAAAAUCAUUUCUUAAAGGCUCAAUUAUCUGCAAUUAAAGAUAAAUAUGGCAUCAGUGGAGAAACGAUCGUUAAUGUUGAGCAGGUCAUGGCAACGUUGCCUACAAACGAUCAAGUACUCAGUAUGACAAAACGUGCAAAAAUUGCAAAUGCUCCAUUGACUCCACCCAUUCUUUAUCAACCGAGUUCCCAUCCGACACCUGUUAUACACAGGACAGUGUCGAACAGCUCUUCUCCACCGCUUGCACCACUAAAUCAGGCUUAUCCAGACAGUGAAAGUUACAAUGACGUGGACAGGUAUCCGUUUCCACAUUUUCCUCCGGUUUUACCUCCUCUCAAUCCUCCUGCCCUGGAAGCUGGAGGAAACAGUGUUCUCAAUCUGAGCAGGAGCGGUCGGCGCACUUCGCCCACUCCUUACGACCUGCCUCCAGUCGACCUACCGACAUCUUCUAACAACAGCCUACCGCACAAGCUGAGACAUAAAAGUCAUCUUGGUGACAAAGAUGUAGCAGCAACGGCCCUUCUCUCGUUACACAAUAUCAAGCAGGAACCGAAUUCCAGAGCAAGCCCACCGUGGGACGGUGAAGGCAGCAGUGAUGAACGCGAUUCGGGCAUCUCUCUAGGCGCAGAAUGGAUUAUCUCUACACACAAUGUUCCCGACGGCCAUCCUACGCCCUCUUCACCUCUUCCUCACAACCCGAUUGAAAAUGAAGAUGAAGACUCUCAUUUGAAAUCUGAAGUCGCCCGCCUAGCUUCAGAAGUCGCCAGCCUUAAAAGUAUGCUUUCUCGAAAUAAAAACAACCCCUUAGGGAUCAAUUGAAACGGAAAGCGCUACAUUUAACUUGUACAGUAUUUAUUUAUAUUUGACUAAUAUGAUAAGAUCAAAAAAUUAAACCUGUGUGAUCCUUCAUUCACACUGUAUUGUGAACCAAAUUAUUUAUUAUUGUGUUAAGUUAAUAUGUAUAACGUAUUUUUGUAUAAUUUUUUCAUACAAGUGUAAUAUAAUCUGUAUAUAAUUGUUAAAUAUUUAUUGUUAAGUUUCAUAAAUAGAGUUACAAAAACUAUAUUUAAAAAAAAGAAAAAGAAAAUGAGAAAAAAUUUGGACAUCUCAGAAACAACAUGUGAUACGUUUUUUAUAUAUUAAAUAAUUGAUAGUUACUGUUUCUAAUUAUAAUAAGAAUAAAGAUAAAAUACUACGAUAUGUUAAUAAGUGUUUUUUAUAUGAGUAUUGUUUUGUGAACAUGCAAAUAUUGAAAUGAGAACCUUUCCUGUAGAUAGUAAAAUCAUGUAUGAAAAAACCCAUGCCUAAAGUUUAUGGCACAUGUAUUUAUUUCAUUUUCAGUCUUUUAUCAUCUGGUAAAACAAGAAAAAAUUAAUUAAUUAAUUAUGUGUGCCAUUUAUAUAUUUUUCCUACAGUAAUUGACUAUUUUAAAUAUUUCUCCCGCAAAAUCUUAAAGGAAUGCUUCCAAAGCAUUAUCCGCAUAUGAUACUUCAUUUUUUUAUUGUAGAUUAUAGACUUUUAUAAGGGAUAUUAUUUAUUAUUAUUAUUAUUUAUUGACAUAACAAUGUACAGUGCACAUUGUAAUCUUUGAAAAAAUGUUUAAUUUGUUAAUUAAUACUAAUGUUUGAGUUAAAAUAGUUCAACGUGAAAGGUAGUCAUACAAACUGCAAAUGUAUGUUUUAAAAAAUACAACUUCAUGUAUAGAUAAAGCAGUUUUUAUUCUUGUGUAUGCGCGUAUGCUAUACAGCACUUAAAAGUUUGUUUUUAACACUUUUUUUAUUGUUAUUCUUUUGCAAAAGAUACUUUUUGCAGUUAAAUUAAACAAUAUUGUGUAAAUGUAUGGUGCUUAUUGUUUCUUGCAUACUUGGGUCUAUUGAUUUUUUUUUUUUUUGUGAGAACAAAAUGGAUAUUAUUUGGAUAUUUGUGGUUUACAUCCCUUGGAUUAUUACUAUAUAAAUUAUAGUUUUAAAGUACUUUCAUUGAGUUAGAACAUGGGUUGGGUAAAAGAAACAGCUAUCAAAAUAUAAAUUAGAAAUAACGUUUGUCGCUUUCACUUAAAUAUGGUUUCUUUUCAUUGUAUUGAAUAAUCAUAAUACACAAUAUUUUUUCCGAUUUUUACUUUAUUUCCAUUCUGAAUUUUACUUUCUCAACUUUUUUGAGGCAUAUUUGAUUGAAUGCGUUCUAGUAAAUUGGAAAUAUAAUGAACUUCUGAUUUAGAAAGAAAAUGGUAUUCUUAACAAUUUGUUUAUAAAAACCAUACAAUUUUAUUCAAUUAUUUUUUUGGUUGAAUAAAAUUAGAUUCAUCUCUAAAACGUUCAAUGUUGUUAUACAAUGAGUAAGUUGGAAAAUUUGUGAAUGCAUUGUUCAACUGAUACUGUGACUUUGUACAUCCAUGCAUAGCUUUGAUAAAAAUAUAUAUUGUUAUUAUAA